GGUCAUCAUUAUACCCACUGUUGAUACUUAAAUAACUGAUAUCCAUUGAGAAUAAUAUGGAGGAAGUAUUAAAAAAAACACAUUAAAUAAUACGAAUUACGAUAACCAAAGCCAUUACUCGACGCAGAGCGCUGUGGGUGUUUUAAAAACUGUAGUAGAAGUACCUAAUGACGAUAAAAACAAAUAUUACGCGUAUACAGAAGGAACAGUAAAAAAUUUGCAUGCACAUAUUGCAUUGAAUGCACCCAUAGUGACUAAUAAAGACAGAGAAUUGAAAAGAUUUACGAGAGCAAUUCAUCGUCGAAUAAAAACCCAAUGGAUCAAUUAAAAAUGAGUUCAAUGGCCAUUGGAGAAUUACAAAAUGGAAUAUACUAUCAGCGAAGGAAGAAAACAUCAUAAUCAGACAGCAAUGACAAGUAUCAACGAUUGAGAACAUUCAGGUCAUGGUGGUGAAUAUGAUGAAUAUGUCAUGUGAUGAAUAUGUGGAGAAGUCAGAAGUUGUAUUUAUUAUCUUUCGUAUGAAUCAUUCAUAUUUCAAUGUUCUCCAACAGUCAUCAUUGGUAUGAGGUUCCAUAGUUUUCCACGAGUCAUCAUUUAUUAUCGACGUGCAUUAGUAAAGCAUUGGAUAGAAAAAAAUUAUUCCUGAAUUCUAGGUCCGGAGGAGAUAUACCCCCCAUGUUCCAGUAACCGUUAAUUCAUUUACAUUAGCAAUUGCAAUCUCUGUAAUUAGUACAAACAAUGGUAAUCGAACAGCGUAUGUAAUAUAUCGAGUGAGUAAGCAUUAUACAGCUGGAUUAUGUUGGGGCUUUGAUGGCUUGGCCCAUGGUCGGCAGAACGUGUCGAAUGUAUCGUACAUGUGUCCGGUGCCAAAUGGAUUGAACACGUCUUGCUCGUAAUCCAUUGACCUUAUAUUUUAUAGGUAAUGGAGCAAAUUGUUUAUUGAAAAUCAUUUCUAUCCAUCCUCCGCCCCCGCUUAAUUUCCAUAAUCAGGGAAAUUCGGUAAUCAGUAUAUAAGACCUCCGAUGAAUUUUUCAGCGAAUUUAAUUAAAUCGCCGACUAAUUACACAACUAGAUGGAAUUGAGAAUAAAAUUCAGUUGGACUUAAUUAAAAGAUAAAUUAAAAGGGGAGGCCAGAUCCUAUGAAGAUUUUUAUCAGGUGUGUAGUAAUCGAAUUUAACUUAAUUGAUAUGAAUUAUUAAAAUCGUAAACAAUCCAUUGUUUCGACCGGUGAGAAACAAAAAUCAAAUUUAUGGAAAAAAAAUUGGAUGAGGCAUAUAAAUGCAGCUGAACUGGAACAGCAGAAAUAUGUAAUUUCCCAUGGGAAAAUGGGAGACAUGAGAAUACUCCAUAGAAUACCAGAACUUGAAUAAUUAGCUGAUGGUUAUCGUCAAUGUCCUACCUAACUUAUGGAUACAAUUCAUUGAAUAUCACAAUGAAUCGUCCGUAAUCCUCAUUAUUCUAAACUUUGCUCGAUCCAAUUAUAGUAGUACGAGUUGCGGUAAGAUACAAAAGACAAGAUUGCUCGCCUAGAAUCUUGAAAAUGAUAGUUUUGCAGUAUAAAAUAAUUUUCUUCAAAGUUUAAUUACUUUGGUUGCAAGAGAUAGCCUCCAUCCUUCUCACUGUGUUAUAGGAUCUUCAGAACUGAAGUAUCUGGUGCUCCGAAACGUGCGGAAUGAGAGGACUGGAGCUCUUGUUACGAAAUAAUUCCGUCGGAAUAUUAAAUAUUUCCGCAGUGACCCGGGAAAUAUUGCAAUGUCGGAAGGAGGUACAGAUUUUUUAUUGUUGAGUCGAUGAUGAAUACCAACUCUCCCUAACCAGAAGUAAGACUACAUUUCUUCUAAACAAACGAAAAUAAGUUGGAAAUAAUAAAUCCAGAACUUUCCGUGAAAUUUUACGUGACAAUUUCUUACUUUUUUCAGUGAUGAACAUGAGAAAUUACUGAACGUUUAAGAUUUAUUUUCGUUCAUUUCUCCAGCACUACCGGAAAACAGCUCCAUAUGUCGCAUUACGUGUAUUGUUCCGCAAUUUAAAAUAAAAUAUUUCUCUCCUCGUAUUGCAUUCCAUAAACAUGAAGUAUCAACAAUCAUCUUUACCCGUCACUAAUUACAAGUAUGGCUCAUUGUUUCAGUCAUAAUUAACUGAAGAAUCUGUUCGGUACGAUUUUCAUUCCUCAAUUUUCCAAAUUUUCACGGAGUAAUUAAACCCAAAUAUUAUUUUCCAUUGAUUUUUCCAUCACAUCUAGAUUCCGAUCCCUUAAAAUUCCAAUGAACUCCGAUUAAUCGUCAUUGGUAUCAAUAAUCGCGAGGAUUAACAUUUAAAAAAUACGUGCAAGGUAAAGAUAUAGUGAAUUCCCAACGACUCAGUAGUUACGGAUAGACGAAGGACAGUAAACUCCCAUAAUGGCGCCAAAAAUAUCUCCCCAGUAUUCGAUAUUUCCUAUAAAGCGUUCAAUGCAUCUGUCUUUCAGCCUUGAAUCUGUGGCCUCCAAAAAUAUGCAAGUACCUCCUUGCAUCGACAUACGUGCCAAGAUCAUGAUUCUUGAUAAGACAGUGCAAACGCCGACGGAAUUGCAAACAGCAACCGUAAUUCUGUCAAAGAUGCAUCCGCAGUUGCGAUUAAAUCAUCCCUCUUAUUUUGAGAUAAACAAUAAUAAAUAUUUUGAAAAUUCAAUUUAAAAGGUAUUCUCCCACUAGAAUGGCCCACCUCAUAUCGAUAAUUACUGUUUCAUUCGGAGCUAAUUAUAUUCCACGGUCACAAUGACGAAAUAGAAGGUGGCAGCGCUUCGAUCAAUAAAAAAAUUCAAGUGCGUAGCGAUUAGAAUACAUCAUUAGUUUAUCAAAGUCUGUAUGUCAUUGUCAUCGUAAACACGUAAGCAUACGAAUCAUCGACUAUUUCCCGAUACGUUCGAUGUAAAAAACGAAUGUGUUAAGUGGCAUUUGUAAAAAUCACAUUGUCAGAAAUAACGCAGGUGAAAAAAACGAAUAAUUAUCAACCAAUACUCAGGAACGUUUCCAUCAGGAUAAGGCAACGAUUUCUCCCUUCAUCAUUAGACUAACGAAGACAACGCGGCCGAUGAGAUGAUUAAUAGCCCAGAACUUGUUGUACAACGCCCUGUCUAUCAGCAGGAGGAUCUCAAUCGUGUUUGUAAUUACGCGAAACCACGAACGACAUUGAAAAAAAGGUGGAGAAAAAAAUGCAGAGACUUCAAUUUAAAAUCGAACCUCGAAAAAACCAUUCCAAUGAUCAGUUGGCUGUCGACAUACGAGUGGAGGGAAAAUAUUCUAGGAGACGUGGCUGCUGGUUUUACUGUAGCUGUUAUGCACAUACCUCAAGGUAUGGCGUACGCGAUGCUUGGAAACGUGCCACCCAUCGUUGGAAUAUACAUGGCAUUCUUUCCCGUUCUCGUAUACAUGAUUUUCGGAACAUCCAGACACAACUCAAUGGGUACAUUCGCUGUUAUUUGCAUGAUGACGGGAAAAGUUGUAUUGGCCCACAGUAACGGUGAAGUUAUCCAAGCAAAUGUAACAUCAGUGAAUCCUGAAUUAUCCGAUAGUCAUCACUACUCGGCUGUGCAAGUUGCAACGAUCGUGACACUUGGGGUUGCAAUAUUACAGUUGGCAAUGUACGUGCUGCGUCUAGGUGUGAUAUCUUCACUUCUGUCAGAGACUCUGGUCAGCGGUUUCACCACUGCAGCAGCGGUUCACGUAUUCACAUCGCAAAUCAAGGACCUCCUGGGUAUACACCUCCCCAGGCGCCGUGGUCUACUCAAAGUGGUUUACACUUAUUAUGACGUCUUCAAUGCCAUUGACGAUAUUAAUAUCGCGGCUAUGGUUAUUGCUGGUAUAACUAUUAUAGCUGUCGUAUUCAAUAACGAAGUUCUCAAGCCCAGAGUUUCCAGAUACUGCGCUUUUCCCAUUCCAAUAGAAAUGCUCGCUGUGGUGAUUGGAACUGUAGUUUCUGUUCAAAUGAACCUCCAUGAUGUAUACAAUGUAUCCAUAGUGGGAGACAUUCCAGUCGGGCUUCCAAUUCCGGAACUACCCCCUUUGGAAUUAUUUCCCAGUGUAAUAGUGGAUUGUUUCGUAAUUACAAUGGUAUCGUAUAGUAUUUCCAUGUCGAUGGCACUGAUAUUCGCCCAGAAAAUGAAUUACGAGGUAGAUGCCAAUCAGGAAUUGAUGGCACAGGGUCUUGGAAAUUUGGUUGGCUCAUUUUUCUCAUGCAUGCCCUUCACAGCGUCAUUAUCAAGAUCCCUUGUACAACAGACGGUUGGCGGAAAGACGCAAUUAGCCAGUCUCAUUUCGUGUUUCCUUCUUCUUUUUGUUUUGCUUUGGAUCGGGCCAUUUUUAACACCACUGCCAAAGGGAGUUCUAGCGGGAAUAAUAGUAGUAGCACUCAAGGGUAUGUUCCUCCAAGUGAAAGAUCUCUUCAAAUUCUGGAGACUUUCAUCGACGGACGCCCUAGUCUGGAUCAUCACAUUCCUCUCUGUUAUCAUCCUCGAUAUUGAGUAUGGGCUUUUAAUAGGGGCUCUUCUCUGUUUCGCCAAGCUCAUUGCACUUUCCAUGAAACCGUACACUUGCAAAUUAGCUCUUGUACCCGGAACUGAAAUCUACUUAGAUACAAAUCGAUACGAAAAGACUGUUGAAUUACCUGGAAUUGUCAUGUUCCACUACUGUGGAGGAUUGAAUUUCGCUUCGAAGCUUCAUUUUCGUAAAGAGGUAUUCAAAGCCACUGGAGUGAAUCCCCAGAUGGAACUAAAUCGCAUCUUGAAAAUGGAGAGCAAAGAAAAUGCAUCAGAAAGCGCAAAGAAUCUCAGAGUAAUUGUCCUGGACUUCUCAGCCCUCGUUCACAUAGAUCCAGCCGGUGUUGCUGCUCUCAGAAAUCUCGUUGAUGAUUACAUGAAAAUCGACGUAUCCGUUUACCUAGCUGGCUGCUCCGGUCCCGUUUUCGAGACGAUGAGAAAGUGCAGUGCGGCAGAACGAACAACAGAAGCAUUCAUGAUGUUUCCAACAGUCAGUGAUGCGGUCAACUAUGCUAGACACGAGAGUGUCAUUCCACCAAUCGCAAUUCCAUCCUCGCCACUUUGGACAACAUGCCCGAUGCAAAAUAGUCAUGAAGAAAACUGCAUGAGUCGACUGUGAUUUCCAAUGAAUGAUUUUUUUCAUUUCUCCCUUUCAUUUUUUCCUCUUUCCCUUUUCACUUAAUUUUAAAGUUAAUGCGAUGAAUUUAUUUAUUUCUUCCACAAAUCUCUUGUAAAUAUUCUGCGAAUGUCAUCGAUAUAUGAAUAAACGUAUUCGUG